AGCAAAAUAAUUACGUACAUUUAUGUGUGUAUAUACACAAACAUACACUCACACACAAUAAAUAAAAUCACGCAGAUCCAACUAAACUGAGAAAAACAGCAGUGAAAAAAGGUGUUUUUAGGAGGAGUGAGAAAAAAAGCCUUUUUCAUUUUGUGUUAAAAAAAGAAACACUUACAAACGAAAAAUAAACGAAAACUAUAUAUGACGACAACAUCUGGAAUAAAAUGUUGGAUUUAUUAAUAUAAAGAAAAUUAAAUAAUUAGAAAACGAAACGAAACUUUUUAAAGUCACCAACAGCAACAUGAAUAUGAUGAAAGAAUUUAAAGUUUUUUAUAUAAUAAAACUUAUGAUAACAAUGGCUACAGUAUGUCAGGGUUGUUCUUCAAGAGCAGCACCUAAACCCAGGCCCACCAUGCCCUCGACCAUGGCACCGAUGACAACACCAAGGCCUAAUAUAACAUUCCCCAUUUUAAAUUGUCCACCGCCCUAUGCGGCCUGGUAUUGUCUAAAUGAUGCCACCUGCUUUAAAGUGGAAAUUCACAAUGAAGUACUCUACAAUUGUGAAUGUGCUAAUGGUUAUAUGGGUCCACGCUGUGAAUAUAAAGAAAUCGAUGGUAGUUAUUUACCUACAAGGCAACGUGCCAUGUUGGAAACAGCUAGUAUAGCAAGUGGUGCUACUCUAGCUUUAAUAUUUAUGCUCGUUCUUUGCUUUUCACUUUACAUACGUCAUGAGAAACAGCAAAAACUUAAAUUAAGCGAAAGUUCAACAAUGGCUCAUGAAAAUGCCGGCAUGGAUGAGGUGGAUGGCAUUACGAAAAUACCUGAAAUGCGACCUUUUGGUCCUCAUCAUUAUCAAGUUUUACCCCUAUCAUCGGCAUUUAAACGUUAAAGCGAGAAAUUUGCUAAAUUACUAAAUUUGCUGUAGUAUUAGUUAAAACUUAUUUAUUGCUUUUUAUUACAAUUAUUUUUUUUUAAAUUGUGACAGUUUUUUUCUAAUGUUUAAUUUAACUUAAAGUUUAAAUAAACACAAAAAAAUCCUCCAGUUAACACUUUUGAUGACAAAACGUUAGCAGACGUUAAAAAUCUAAAAAAAAACACAAAUUUCAAAAAUUUCUGAAAUUUUUCUAAAUUAAAUCAAAAUAAAAAUUUGCCUUAUUUUAUAAAAAAAAAACAAGUUUAGGACUUCU